CAACCAUGGACGCUCCGAUGCUCCCGAUGCCGGCUCCCCUCUGCCUGGUGACCAACAAGGACAGCGUGCUGUCCCUCGACCGCAGGGCGCUGGCAGUGCUGCGCAGUGUCACCCAGCCCCUGGUGGUGGUGGCCAUCGCUGGGCUGUACCGCACUGGGAAGUCCUACCUGAUGAAUCAGCUGGCGCAGAAACGCACUGGUGAGCAGAGGGGGAAACCCCAUGCGUUUGGAGGGGCAUCUUGUGGGAUUUCUGACAGCUCACUGCCCACAGGCUUCCCGCUGGGCCCCACGGUGCAUGCGGAGACCAAGGGCAUCUGGAUGUGGUGCCUGCCCCACCCGCGCCGGCAGGGAGUGACCUUGGUGCUGCUGGACACCGAGGGGUUGGGAGACCCCAAAAAGGAUGACGAUGACAGCGACGCCUGGAUCUUCACGCUGGCGGUGUUGCUCUCCAGCACCCUGGUGUACAACAGCAUUGGCACCAUUGACCAGUGGGCACUGGAGCAGCUGCGGCUGGUAACGGAGCUGACAGAGCACAUCCGUGUGCGGGAGGAGAACGACAACCCAACAUCCAACUUUGUCCGCGUCUUCCCGUGCUUCGUCUGGACCGUGCGUGACUUCACACUGCAGCUGCGGGCCCUGAGUGAGGAUGAGUACCUGGAUGACAUACUGCGACUGCAGACCGGGGAUGGGAAGAAGGCCAAGGAGCGCAAUGAGCUGCGGAGCUGCCUGCGCAACUUCUUUCCCCGCCGCAAGCUGUUCACGAUGGAGCGGCCGGCAGCUGAUGCGGAUCUGCAGCGGUUGGAGGAGCUGCGGGAGGACGAGCUGCAGCCAGGCUUCCGGAAGCAGGUGGACGCCUUCUGCCGGUACAUCUGGGAGGAGGCGCCGGUGAAGGUGUUGCUGGGUGGGCACCAGGUGACGGGCAACGUGCUGGCAGGCCUGGCGGAGAAAUACGUGGCGGCCAUCACCAGCGGCGCGGUGCCCUGCGUGGAGAGCGCAGUGACAGCGCUGGCACGGGCCGAGAACAGUGCAGCAGUGGAGGCGGCGGUGGCCGAGUACCAGCGGGGCAUGGAGCACGGCCUGGUGCUGCCCACAGCCUCACGCAGUGCUCUGGUGGCCGUGCAUCGGGACUGCGAGCAACGCGCCAUCACCCUCUUCCUGUCCCGUGCCUUUGCCGACCAUGAACGCCAGUACCAUGCAGAGCUGGUGGGCAAGCUGGAGGCGGCCAAGGACGAGUUCUGCCGGCGCAACGAGGAGGCGUCGGAGCAGCGGUGCCAUGCGGUGCUGCAGGAGCUUUGGAGGGAUGUGGAGCUGCGCCUGCAGAAUGGGGACUACGUGGCGCCUGGUGGUGCACAGCUGUUCAAGGAGGACCUGAACCGCGUGCUGGAGGAGUACAAGCGGCGGCCCGACAAGGGUGUCAGGGCGGAGGCGGUGCUGGAGGUGUUCCUGCGGGAGCGCGAGGGGCUGGCACAGGUGUUGAAGGCCACUGAGGUGCAGCUGGAGCUGGCGGAGCGGCAGCGGGAGGCAGCAGCGGCCGAGGCAGAGGCGGCCCAGAAGGCGGCAGAGGCAUGGCUGGAGGAGCAGCGGCGCACCAUGGAGGAGCACAAACGUCAGCUGGAGCAACAGUUGAAGGAGGAGCAGCGUGCGUGGCUGGAAGAGCAGCGGCGCUUAUUGGAGCACCACAAGAAGGAGAUUGAAGCACUGGUGCAGGAGGGCUUCAAGCGUGAGGCGGCAGCCAUGCAGGAGCUGAUCACACAGCUGGAGGAGGAGAAGAAGAACAGGGAGCGGGACACCCGGAUUAGCUCAGCUCUGAGCAUUUUGGCUGCAUUCCUGCCUGGUGCGGCAGGAAAACUUUUUAGGCCCAUGUGAUGUG